GUCGUGACCUAGUCAGGAAGCGGGAACAGAACUUUUAUUUCAGUUAACUUCAUCACGUUGAUUUGUCUUCCGUUGAGAAAAAUCCCAAGUCUCAAACAUGGCGGGUGAAAUAUGGCAAAAGAUUGGAGAAGGCUUUGUUCAGGAAUAUUACAACCAGUUUGACAAUACUAACAGGAUGGCGAUUGCUAAUCUCUAUUCACCUAAUGCUUGUCUAACAUGGGAAGGAUCGGCGUUUCAAGGGAAAGAAGCGAUUGCCAACAAGCUAGCAAGCCUACCUUUCAAGAUGAUCAAGCACAUCAUUACAAAGCAAGACUUCCAACCAACUAUCGAUAGUUGCAUCCUCAUCAUGGUCUUUGGACAGUUAAAGGCAGACGAUGAUCCACCAAUGGCCUUUCAUCAGGUGUUUAUGCUGAAAUCCCAAAACGGUGGAUGGGCUUGCACAAAUGAUGUGUUUCGUUUGGGGGUGCACAAUAUACCGGUUUAAUGAUCUAGAUCCCUCAUCCAUAAUAAAAAACUGUUCUAAGUUCACUUUGUUCUCGAUCUUCGAUUUAAAUAGAAAUCUGUAUGUAAAGUUUAAUCAGUAAAAAUGCUAUCAUUGUUGUUUGGCUGCUAUGAAAAGUAACAUUCCUGUCAAAUUAAAUAAAAAAAA